AUGUCACCUUACAGGUAUAGGAUGGACGAGAGACACGAUAAGGUGAUUAGAUCGACAGACUUUGAUGCUCUUUCUUGUCGGAUCUCGGCAGUCCUGCGCCAGUAUCUUUUGGACCCAUAUAUCCAGCACAUCGUCCAGGGCCUCAGGACUAACCUCCCACGCCUCCCGGGCCACAAAUUCUCGGCCAAUCGCACGGUAAAGGCCAUUACGCUGCCUAAACUACCGAUCAUUAACCGAGGAACGUAUAUUCGAACCACAGCCAUCGACACGAUAGUAGAGAGCUUUGCAAAAAAUGCCUCUGGGGAUGCGUUUCAGAUCAUCUCCCUUGGCGCGGGCUCCGAUACCCGUUCGUUCAAGAUCUUGCUGGAGUAUGGAAAAAAGGUGGUGUAUCAUGAGUUUGACUUUGGUGAAACAGUGCUGCUCAAGGCGGCAACUAUUAAAGGAACCCCUGAGCUAGCCUCCCUAGUGGGAUGUGCCCCAAGCACCGAGGAUACCCUUCCGACGGAAUUGCAUACAGACAACUAUCACCUUUCAGCUCUAGAUUUGCGAACCAUAAAGAAUGUCAAUUUUGCCGAAGCUUUUCCAUAUAUCGACCUCACGUUGCCCACUCUCAUCCUCAGCGAAUGCGUGUUGUGUUACAUGAAGCCCGAGCAGGUGGAUGAGGUGCUUGCGGCGUUCUUGAAAUCGCUCCGCUGCGGUGCGGUUCUUAUCUACGAGCCCAUGGGGACUCCAGAUGAUGGGUUUUCCCGCGUCAUGGCGGAUAACUUGUCCCAGCGAGGUAUCAAAUUGCCCACCUUUUUCCGGUUCCCCGAUCUCUGGACCAGGUUAGCAUACCUCGAACUAAUGGGUUUGCACUCAGUGCAGCUCUCCAAUAUGGCGUACGUUUUCCGCCAUUGGGUCGCGGGACCUGAGUUGGUGAGAUUGAACCGAUUGGAGCUUUUGGACGAAGUGGAGGAGAUUGACUUGUUGAAUGAGCAUUAUGUGUUGGCGUUGGCGCAGUUUGGCGAGACGAGCUGGCAAAACGAGUUGCAGUUUCAGGUUUUCAGCCAGCCCAAUACGGCGGUAUGA